CGUUUACUAAUAGCGGAUUCUUUUGAGAAGAUUCUGUUAUAGCUAUGGCGAGCAACCUUCAAAGGUCGACGGCUGACUUUGACAAGCAAUUCCUGACGUGCCCGGUCUGUAUGCUGCACUUCCGGGACCCCAGAGUCCUGCCAUGUCUGCACACAUUUUGUAGGGAGUGUCUGCAAGAAUGGACCACCAAACAACAGCCGCUGGAGUGUCCAACCUGCCGCACACAGGUCAGUCUACCAGACCAAGGUGUGGACGGACUCAGGACCAACUUCUACGUCAACAACAUGCUGGACUUCGCGGCCGUGAAGAAAGGUGCGGGGCCAGGUGUGCCGUGCCAGGUGUGUGAGGGGAAGGGGGAAGGGGUGCGGUCAUGGUGCGUACAGUGUGCCGUUCUGCUUUGUGAGUCCUGUACAAACACACAUCGCAGGUUUCCAGCCAUGAAAGGGCAUCAGAUCGUGACCCAAGAGAACCUGGAGGCCUCUGAAGGUGUGCCCAGCAGCUUUCAGCGCAAAGCCUUCUGCCCAAAGCACGAAGACCAAGUCUUAACUUUCUACUGUGAACCUUGUCAGAAUUUGGUCUGUGUCGCUUGCACGAUUGUUGAUCAUCGGCCGGGUGAUAAACACGACCCUGUGGAAAUCGGCUCUGUCGCUGAGAGGAAGAAACGAGACCUACAAAACCUGUUAGCAAAAGUCAAGCCCAGAGAGAAAUUAGUUCGCGCUACGCUAAAUGAAGUCAAGAUGAAAUUUUCUGAGUUCACAACAUCGGCAGACUCAGCAAUUGAGCAAGCCACAGCAUAUUUUGAUCACCUGAUGUCCUUGCUUCGAGACAGAAAAGAAGAAGUUGUCAAAGAGAUCGGCUCACGCUACCAGGACGUUGGAAAAUGUCUGGAAACCCAGAAAGAAGCGAUGGAGUUUGAGUUGGCCGGACUGACGAGCGCGUCUGAGUUCUGUAAACAAGCAUUGGAACACGGCAGUGACGUGAACGUCAUCGACAUCGAGGGUCAAGCACAACAGAGGGUGGAAGAACUGCUGACCACUCCAAGCGACCUGACAGCCCGACCGAGUCAAGUCGUUUUCUCGGAGGGGAUGACUGUUGUGGAGUUCAGAGAUGACGUGGCCAGGGCAGGGUGCGUACACGUACGAUACACAGGGAAGGUUGACGCAUCUAGAUCUCAGGAAGAACCUCUGGUCAGUAAGACGGAAACAAAGUUGGAGAAACUUGGGCAAAGGAAAACCGUUGGGGAGGGAUCUGCUGCCGCUAACCCAAAGCCUGCAGCAUUGCCUUCUCUGGGACACCUGUUCAAGAAACCAUUAGGUGGCUGGGAAUGUGACACCUACAUGGCGCAGAAUACAGCUGCAGCCAGCAGGUUCACGUUUGCAGCAGGCAGCUCUGCAUCUGGAGCUGCCACCACAACAUCCAAAGCCACGCCUUCAGCCACCGGAGGCGUCACCUUCGGCACGGGGGCGACAUCAGGGGCUGCAGCCUUGGGGGUUGCUUCCUCGGGGGGCGCUGGAGGUUUCACAUUUGGGACGGGAAGUUCAGCUGCUGGUGCUGCAGCUUCCGCUGGGUUCAAGUUUGGAGCUAAAACAGCCUCUCGACGGCCUGACACAGCUCCAAAGAUGACAAGCAUAGCCGACUUAGCCAAGGCAGAUCAGAUGAGUGUACCCAAGCCUGCAACCAAUCAGUCCGCAGCGAAAAAUGGCCAGGAAUCAGACGCCAGUAUUCAGGCCAAGGUGGACCUGUCUUCUGCCUUUGGCACUGGCACUCUCUAUGGUUCAGCCGAUGCCAGCACCGCUCCAAGUUUCGGAUCCACCACAGUUGCAAACUUGCCAGUGUUUGGGGCUGGCGCAUCAGCUGCACCCAGCUCUGGACUCACCCUUGGUGCACCUUUAGCAACACCCCCAUCUACAGGCAGCGCAGCAGCCACCACAUCGGACUUCACCAUUGGUGCACCAGCAACACCCCCAUCUACAGGCAGCGCAGCAGCCACCACAUCGGGCUUCGCGUUUGGCUCUUCCAGCACUGCGGCAAGUACGACUCCUGCGCCCUUAAGUUUUGGUGCAGGGGCGCCCUCUGCCACAACUGCAGAUGACAUAUUAACUGCUUUGUUUGCAUCCCUACUGUAA